CAGAAAGAAAGAAAUUUCCUCUAAGCUUCCCACUGUCAAAACCUCCUUCACAUACCUUUGUUUUAUAGUACCCUUCCUUCCCUUGCACCAAACCAACUUCUUUGUCAAAGAAAAAGAGAAGAACCCAAGAAGAAAAAAGAAAGCUUUUGAUCAGAGGGGAGAUGAGUUAUUACGAUCAGCACCAGCCGCCAGUUAGUGUUCCUCCACAGCAAGGGUAUCCAAAGGAUGCUUAUCCACCACCUGGAUACCCUGUUCAGGGAUAUCCACAAGGGUAUCCUCCUCAAGGCUACCCUCCUCAAGGGUAUGCUCCACAGUAUGCUGCUCCUCCUCCUAGGCAAGAAACUGGUUUCCUUGAAGGAUGGCAAGAGAAUCGUCGACAAUCGAAAAAUUAGCAGGCAGCAACUAUCUCGCGGUGGACCUUCUUUUGAAAUGCUUUGCAGAAUUUAAAAUGUCAAUCAGUGAAGGUUACGAUUUUCUUGAUUAUGCCAUGGUUCGGGUCUGAUUAACUCGUGUUGUUAAAUUCAUCCGAGUCAGAGGAUUGCUUGUAUAAGGAUUCUCUAGGGAAGGUUAUUGACAGAUACUACUCCUGGAUAAUUGAACUGAAAUUUGAGAAUUUUCUUGAACCGUGUGGUUUUAUAAUCGAAUUGAAUUUUGACAAGAAACUUUC